AUGGGUAACGCUCCAAGCAGAACUGAACCAACUUGCGAUAAUUCAAUUAAUUUUAUUAUUCCAAAAGAAAACAAAAGUUAUCAAUGUUAUCCAGAACAAGUAGAAUCUAACCCAAUUGAUUCUAUAAAUAGUGUAUAUUUUUAUAAAACAACAUAA